CUAAUCCGUUGCUGCUUCUUGAUGUUCAAGACACAUGGCCCGGCAUUAAUAAACUUGUGUUUGUUUUCUUAACAUACGAAAUAUGAGCUUAAAAUGUAAUGAACGUGUACUAAAAGAAAUUCAGGCUAGCUUUAAACUAACGGAAAAUCGUAAAGCAAAGCCACAAUCUGCGCCAACAACAGCAACUGCCUGGCAACCAGUUCAGCAAAAGCCUAAAGUUGCCCUAUGCAAUCCACAAAAAGUCCAAACGAAACCAACGGCAAAUCAAAAGGCGCCAAAGCAACAUGAAGAUAUAAAAGUAUCUGUAAAUGAUGUGAACAUUAAACCAAUUUCGAAAUCCAAUCAAAAUCGUGCAAAUCUUAGCAAAGCUGAGAAACUAAAUGCAGAUUCUUUAAGGACAACGGAAAAUACUAAGAUAAAAAAACUAAAGCAAGCAACAAACACGAAAAUCUUGGAAACUUCCGAGAAAGCAGCGAAAAAUCAAAGCACGGAAGAAAUAAAAGUCUCUUUUAAUAAAGUGAAAAAUAAGACAAGUUCGGAAUCUAAAACAAGUCCAGAGACAGUUCUAGUAGCUACAAACACAAAUAAAGAAGAGACCAAAGCUAAGAAUAAGGCCAUGAAGGCAGGAAAAAAACGUAAAAUUAUAAGUGGUAAAUUUAAGAAUCGGCAAAUGGAAGCUAAACAAUUGAACGUUGCUUUAGUGAAGAAGGAAAAUCAAAAGGAAAACAAGAAAAAAAUAGAAACUGCUGCCACAGACUACAAAAUACAAAGUUCGAAAGCUCAGAUACUGCCAAAAUCUGGACAAUCAAAUGUUAUUCUUAAUCCAAAUGUAGCUAAACGCAAAGCAAAGGAGGUUUCCCCUACCCCAAAUGGAAGUCAUAAACGAGCCAAAAACGAGAAACAGGCGUCCACUAAAGCAACAAAUAUAAAUAACAAAAAGAACGCAUCGAAAGCAAUUGAUAAAAAAACAAAAACCAAUAGGACUCUAAAGAAAAGUGAAGCAAAUCAGAAAAGCGCAAUAAAAGCUGCAGACGUUAGAAUAGUAAAGGAUAAUAGAGACGACGAACUCUCGGACGACUUCGAUGAACAAGCUUAUGAAAUCGAGAGCGUUGAAUCCUUUGACCAGGAGGAGUAUAGUGAAAAUUCAGAGUCUGAAUACUCGUUGGAUAGUGAAGAGGAUUUUUUCACGAAGCCACAAGUAUAUGAGUGUGAAGGCACAGAACAGAUCCCGCUGGGGUUGGAGCACAAUGGGAAUGAAGACGAAGAGAAGAUGUCUUGGCUUGGCCUAGACAAACUGCCCGAGGUUCAAGCAGAUGUUACCAAAAUUUCGGUAUUCGAUGGAAUGAUGCCUGAACCCGAGCCGGAAUUACAAACAAAGAGCGGAGCUGAAGCUCUGCCCACAGCAAUAAUUGGAGAUGAUAACGAUGUGUUGUCAGGUGCAGAAGAUGAGGAACAUAGCAUGGAAAUGAGUCCAGAUCUUGCAGUUGAUAUUGAUGACGUUGCCGAUCAGCAGCUGGCAGGAGCAGAGGCCAAUAUGGGCUUCUACAAGGAUGCAGUGCCGUCCGAGCUGAGCAUAUUUGAGAAUAGCCUGAAGACUAACAAUGUGCUGGCUGUGCUGAAGCAGGACAUUGAGCUGUAUGGCACCGUUAUAGUCACAUUGCUGUGUGGACGCAUUACAAUCAACGGCUAUAAGGCGCGCCCAAAGGUGCCGUUGAGCAUCUACUCGCCCAAGGGCUUCAGCUGGGUGGUCAUUGCACCCAGGUCCAACAAGAAACCACCCAAAGCCAACGUCAACUGGAACGAACUGAACGAGAGCUUCUCGCGCGCACAGCUGGACAAUAUUAUGGCCAACUAUGAUAGCCAACGGGAUGCAAUUGUGCUACUGCAGCGCAAUAGUGGGUCACAGAAUAUGCUCGACACCUUUGCCAAGCACAUGGCAGAGAAUGUCUACCCGCUGUUGAAUGCCACCAAUCGGCCGCACUAUGCCAGCGAAUAUGUGCUGAAUUGUCUGAUGCAGGCUGCCGACGGUCGGCAGGCCUUGCAGGUGCCCACCGUUUGGACGAAGCUGGCGCUGCAGCCGCGCAGUCGCUGGAUGGUGACCGGUGGCAAGGGAGUCGGCAAAUCCACGCUGGUCCGAUAUCUGCUGAAUCGGCACUUGGAACGCUUCCCACGCAUGCUGUUAAUUGAUCUGGACAUUGGACAGCCGGAGCUCUUCUUGCCGCAGACGGUUUCGUGCAGUGUGGUCGAUGGGCCGCUCCUCGGACCCGGCUUCUUUCUCAACCGACAGCCGGAUCGUGCUUAUGUGGUGGGUCAUGUGAACGUUGUGAUGUGCUCCGAGCAGUAUAUCCGCGCGGUGCGGCAAUUGCUGGCCUAUUGCCGCAGCAAUGAGAGCUAUGCCGAAAUGCCGUGGCUCAUCAAUACGAUGGGCUAUAACAAGGGCUUCGGUCUGGAGCUGAUGGCGCUUCUUGUGGACUGUGUGCAGCCCACGAAUCUGGUGCAAAUAGCCAGUGCCAAGGUCAUCAACAAUUUCGAUAUGCCGCUCACCAGGGAAUCCCUAGCGCAAGUGGUGCCCAUCAUCUACACGGCGGACGAGCACAAAGUUAGCGGCAAUCUGUCCAACUAUGCGCUGCACGAGCUGCACAGUGCUUUGCCGCAGCUGGAGCGUCAUGAGCGUCGCUGGAUGAUGAGCGCAAAGGAUGUGCGUUAUGCCAAUUUGUUGGCGCGCCUUAGCAGCGCACUGCGCGGCAACGCCAAGCACCUGACGGACUGCCAGCCGGCGCAGGUCGAUCUGGAUGCGCUGCAAAUUGUGCAUCUCGUCCAUGAGGAAUAUACGCGUGAAGAGCUCAUAGCUGGCAUGGAGGCCAAUCUGGUGUUUCUGUGCAAAGCGGGGUCGUCGGUCGCAAAGCCAGCGGAGUGUCUGGGCAUUGGUGUUGUGCGUGCCAUUGAUCAUGAGGCCAGGAAACUUUAUCUGCUGCCGGCCAUGCCACUGCAGCGUCUCUCCUCGGUUAACUGUUUGGUGCUGGGCGGCGAUAUGUGUCUUCCGCAGGGCUUCUUCAAGGAUCAAGGUGCCGGCGUAGCCAACAAUGUCCCAUUUGUGUUCAUUAUAGACGACACCAGGUCAUCCAAGAGCAUACACCAGAUAUAUUUCCGAGCGCAUAAGAAUGUUUAAAGGCAAAGCUUACAACUUUUGUACAAAUGUAUAGAGAAAUAUGUAUUAACUAUAUUAGGA